UAUAUGGAAAUUAAAAUACAGAUUUAGUAGAUUAAACGAACAGAGAUGAUUCAAACGAGAUACCAGGUGAUUCAUCAAUGAUUUUGUGUAAAAAUGCUCGUUCGUGCCAUAUUUGUAUCCCUCCGCUUGUUCAAAUACUCUCUUGUUUUAUGUUUCGCUCCAUGUCUGAACUUUUGCAACCACGAUAUUGAAAGUGGACGACAAGAAGAAACUUUUAUUCUUGUGGUAUUUUAUCUCGUUUUCGACAGUUGUUGUUUUUUUAUUUUAUUAAUGAAAUAAACAAUAAGCGUCAGCUAUCACCUUGAGCUAAAGAUAGAAGUAAGUUAAAAGAUAAGCAACAACUAUAACACAGGCAACUUUCAACUUAAAAUCAUCGGUUUGUUCUAGAAAACAAAAAGCAAUAUUUUGAGAUUGAUUCUUUUCUACUAUUAUGCUUAAUCUAUCCAUUUUGAUUUCUUUAUUUUUUUUUCGCACUUUAUACAUCACGUCGCAAUGUUUACUUAGCUUGAACUUCAGUCCUCAGCAAUAACUGGGUGUCUGUAGAUUCUUCACUAAAUACUAUAUUCACUGGAAGAUGAAUUCGUUAUAAGAAUGUGUAAAUUAGUGACCUAGGAUGUUGCGUGUUUGCCUAGUUUCUUCUCAUUAUCCUUUUAAUUGUGAAAAAUGUCUAAAUUAAGUUUCAAUUUCGGAUUGUGAACCCUCUAUCGAUGGAAAUGAGUUGUUCGACGCAACUUCUUUUAGACUCAAUAGUCACUCAAGUCGCUUUUGGGCAUUUUGUUACGCGUGAAUAAAAAGCAGUUAUCAGAAAAUCGAAGCAUAACGAGCCCAAUAUCAGAGCUGUUCAGUGUCAUUUGGAUAUCAAGCCUCUUUGGAUUAUAAAAGAAAAAAAAAUGCCUGAAUUAUUAAAGGAAUUCGGCACAUUUUUGUGAAAAAGAUAAUCUACACGUCACGCAAUGGAAUGUUGCGACCUGCCUGCUUUUCUUGGUGUAUCACUAUUAUCAUAUACUUCUGCCUAGUUUCUUCAGAUUCUCUUGUCAUUUGCUGAUUAAUUUGUUUAUGAUGAUUUUUAACUAUUCAUUUGUAUGGCUGAUAAAGCAAACAGUUAUCAUAGGAUAAAUAGUUGACAACUUUAUUUUUUCGAAUUCCGAGUAUAAGUUUGUUUUCUCAGCCGAAAGGGGUGUCUUUACUCACUUGGAUCGCUGUUCAGUCUUUUAUGAACUGUAUCCAGGGCGGCGUCGUCCAAAACCACAAACUAUUUAGUGGUAAUUAUAACUCUGUUUGACCUUCCAUUAAAGGCAUCAUUAUUUACCUAUUUCCUUUCUGGUAUCACUAAUGGCUCAAUUAAGAAAACCAAUUAAUCAUGUAUUCGUCGAUGCUACAACCAUCACUUGGUCUUUAUUCAAAGACGACCGAGAUCUUGCCCAGUGUAUUUCCUUUUAUGCAUGCCUGUUUCGUGAUCAGUCCCUCUAAGAGCCAUGGCGUGCUUGUAAGACCUUUAGUUCUAGUAAUAUUUUCGCUGUCCAGUAGGUCUUGUCGAAAGUUACAAUUCCGUCUUUCCCGGUCUUGUAAGAAUUUUGCGGUUUGAAUGUAAGGAGAACAAAAACGCCGCUUCGCAUAUCCGGUAUUCUGUAUCGCAUUUUAAUGAUCAAUGUUUUUUUGGUUUGGUUUGGUUUUGUUUUGUUUUGUUUUGUUUUUUUCUGUCUGCGGCAAAUGGUUCAAUACAUGCAAGUAAACCAUGCAAGGGCUAACUUGUGCUUUGUAAUCAAGUCAAGUAAACGUUUGAAAAUUCCCAAGGCCAGAAACAUUGGUUUACCCGUAGCUAUACUACGGGAUCUUGUUUAUUGCCUCCAACUAAACUAUAUUUUUAGACCCUAUCGUUAUUCGUUCAGCCGUGCAAUUAGAGUUGGAAGAUAAGAGAUACAGUUGCAUUGUCGUGAAAGGACAAAAGGUCCUGAAAGGCGGCGAUCGCUGAAUAUGGUUAAUUGUCGUAUCGAUAUCAGUUAUCGUAUCUAGCUAUGGUAUGAGUCAGCAAGAAAUCAAACACACCAGUGUUGUCAAAACAGUUGAGAUAAUCCGAAGUUCUUAUUGCGUGUUUAACAUUCUAACGAACUUAAAAAUAUGAAUCGCGUAGAAGAAAAGAAAAUUGAGAAAUUUUUCCCAAAACUAUUAUAAAAUAUAGCUGUUGCACAUAUCUCUAGGGCCGAGGAGGUAACGGGAGUAAUUAGGUGUACAAAGUAGAAUCUCAUUAAAUUCUUUUGAAAGUUAAAUAAACUAGUCGCUUUAGGACAAAUAGGGCUAGAGCGGAAAACCACGCUGUCGCCACUACUGUUCAUUACAAGCUAAUGAUGAUUAAUGGCUCAGUUACAGCUGGAAAUUAAAUUCAAUCUUCAGUUGCUGAUUACCAAGGUCUCUUUUUCUGACUUAACCUGCAGAGUAGGCGUGAUUUUUUUGCGUAUUUAAAUUUUGAUUUACUCUUUUAAGACCAUGUUGUUGUUUUGUGCGCUGUUUGCGUGCUUCGAUCUGUUGAUUUUUCUAGGGUAAACUUCUGUUCGGGAAGUUUCUGUCACGUGACGUUCUCUGAUGUACUUUCGUCUGAGUUUCGUGCAAAACCAAGCUGUCGUUGACGCAAAGCGCAUGUUUGUCUAUCCUCUAAAAACAUUAUUUUCUAUCGCAAAUCCGGCUAAAUGUCGCUGGCAAUAUAAUAUAUACAACAUUUACAAACGAUAAGCCGUUUUAAUGACGUGAUGACAAAUAUCAGUAAUUAGAGGUGUUUAGAAUUUUAACAACUUAGAACUCGCAGAAUGAAUGCCACACAAUCCUUUGCAACUAAUUAAUUGGAAACAAUGAUGCCAGGUUGUCUUUCAUGGCCCUGCCAGUGCUAAACCGAAAAAAACUACACACCCGAACAAGCAUAAAAUUGCCCUAGAUGUGCGAAACGUGGCUCAUAUUCUUUUAGCACCUUGUUGAGGUUUGCAUGCGUCAUCAAUUGUGAGUCGCCAUGCAAAUAUAGACUUUUCCAGAUGUGAGAUAUUGCUUUCGUAUUCGAUUCUUUGUUUACUUUUUUAUUGAUGGUUAGUAAUUGAUUUCAAUGCAUUAGAUAAUAGACUAAGCACAGCCCUGGUGCAGAUAACGAGCUGGCAUCCGGCUCUCGACUAUUUAUUUAUUUUCCACAGUUAGAGGUGUCUAGUGUUAGAGAUUCCUCGUCUAGAAGUCAGCUCGUCAAGUUAGUGUUCCUGAGAUCGUCUCGUUUAAUUUCAAGCAUCUCGAGCUUUUUGUUUUUAGAUAUUUUUAACUUUCUGGUCGAUUUUAAGCCAUUGGAAUGUAGCGUGGAAUUCAGCAAUAGCAGAUAUGUGCGAACCAAGCUAUUAUGUUCAGAGUAGGUGUUUAAUAAGCGGUUCGCUUGAUUGAUUGUUCUGAACUCCUGAGGCCAAACUUUGUAGUGCCAAUUAAUCACGGCGUUGGUAUAACUUCGGGCAAUUAACGGAAAAGAUCACAAGCUGUUAGCAGGGCACUGCAACUGUUGCGAAAGCUUUCAAGAUCUUCUGAGCAAGAUUUCAAGAACAUUGUCUCGUGACCAAGAUACAGCGCACACCAUUAAAAAUUGCAUACCGUCUUAAAGGAGGACGACAAAUCUUAUCGAUUGGAUUUUCUUAGUUUCCCGACGGAAGGAAACUAACUUUGUCCUCAUGAAGCCCGAUUUCAUGGAUGAGUAUCAGCGUCCGCCGGUGUUCAGCGUGGCGAACCAACCACUUUCGUACACGGCGCUACAAGGCAGGCUUUUGAAAGCCUCAAGUGUGAAGGAUUUACGAGAUAGAACUCUUAUUACGCAAACUCAGCCGAAGAACGGGCGAGUUCCAUCGCCGUUUAGGAAGUUCUCUGACACUUUUAGAAAAAGAGGAUUCGCUAAGUCGAGCAGUACGGCCAAGAAACAGAGAAAUGGGAGCAUAUCAAGUGAUAGCGGCGAAGGUUCUCUCUCUGAUGUCCAAUCAACGACAAACGACAGCGUUUUACGGAAUUCGAAACUAUCACAGCAAAGCCAAAGCAAAAAAUCCAGUGCUCAAGAAAUUCAGGAAGUCUCGCUCAGCAAAAAACCUCAACACUUAACUUUUCGUAAACCGCGAAGAUUUAGUUCGCCAGCUAGCUCUCCGACGAGACAAAAUUUUGGCGAACGUUUUCCAGAUACCACUUCACCACUGAAGUCGAACUUGAAAGAUCACUCAAAUCGUCGGCGAGGUUCAUCUUUACCUGAUGCGUUAUUUGGAGGUGCCAAUAGGAUUACAACCCGUAAUAUCCGGGAUUCGGGAGCUUUUGGUAUCGGCUGUUUGGAAGAAGAUGACGACGAAGGUCAAUACGGCAAUGAUGUGCGCAAAUGUUUAGAUUUGACACGUCCACUAUCAAAACAUGCCAAGUCUUCCGUUUUGCUCAUUCCUGAUCAGAACAACAACGAGCUCGAGUUCAUCGAAUUGAACAAACUUCUCGACAAAGAGACGCUCCAAGCAUCAGCGGUUAUUCUCGACGAAGAAGGCAUGACAAUUCUGCACCGCGCCGUUCAGAAUGGCUUCCUUAAUUUGACCAAGUUCCUCGUGAACAGUGGUGUUUCGACCGAGAUGACGGAUUUUGAAGGCAGGACUGCCCUUUGUGUGGCGCUAGAAAGAGGAAACCAUGACUGCGCCGAGCUACUGCUGAGGCUCGGAGCAAACGUCAACUUUGCCAUGAAAGGUGGCAAAACAAUUUUGCAUCAAAUGACUCAAGAAGGGGAUUAUAGAGCAGUCCAGUUGCUGGUGAAACAUGGUGCGGAUUUAAAUAUGGAGGACGACAAAGGAUGGCCCGCGCUGCACUAUGCUUUAAAGAGAAAGGACCUCAAGUGUGCAGCGCUAUUAAUGACCUCUGGAGUAAACAUUCAUCGCUACACAGAGAAAAGGAUACAAGAAUAUUCCAUGUCCAUGGAAAUUGUGAACAUCGGAAAAGUCAAAUUGGACAAUUCAAAAACAGUGGACCACGACUUGGAGCCCGAAGUUACAAUAAUCUGACACUGGACAAAACGUGCAUUUCUUUCAAAUACCGAUACCGAGAGAACUUUUGGUGCUUUAGGUCUCCUUUCUUUUCUGUAAUCUAAGGUUGUUUUCAUUCAAGCAUUUAAUGAUUAGUUGCUAAACCAUAAAAUUUGUUUUCGAUUGUUAGGUCGUCCGGUUUCCGUGACGAAUUCAGUGUUGCCUUGCAGCUUUUGUGUACAAUAUUGGUCAUAGUGUACCACAUCACGAAGCAAGACAUGCUAAUUUUAAGUUUGCUCGUUUGAAGCAGUACGAAAUCGGCAUUUUAUCUUGUCAAAUAUUUUUAAUUUUUUUAGAGCCUUUCCAGCUAUGAUAAUGUGAUAAGACUUAGAAAGAAAAAAGCUAGGGUUACGAGAUAUAAAAUAAUUGCGUGGUUAUAUACCAAGAUAUAUUUAUACAUAGAUUAAGGUUGGUCAGUGUUGUACUCUAAUGUAUAUAAAAGAGAAAUUAGAGUCGCACAUAAAUUAUUAAAUGGCAAAUUUUGCAAAUGAUAAGUCAAAAUAAGGGCAUAAUUAAACCUUAGCAGGAUUGUUAAUUCAGAAUUCAGUGGACAAAGUAUCAAAUAAACAGCAUGGUAGGCUGCCAUAA